AAAUUUUGAAAAAAGGGAUUUCAUCCUCUUUCAUCUUUCUCCUCUGUCUUCCCUGAUUUUUAUCUCUGUUUUCACAGAACAUCUAAGGCAGCCAAGAACAAAUCCGCCAUAGCCAUGGAGAAUCAGAGCACCUGCUUGUCCUAUGAGAAGCUCAACGGAGUGGCGACCUGGGUAGGCACCAGCGUCGCCUCCGCCUUCUUCGCCUCUCUCGAGAGUUGUUCCUGCAUCAAUCUCUCUACCUCCGACGACCACGAAGAUCCCGAUGAGGCUCACGAUCGCCCUCUCAUGUACUGCACCUCCACUUCUUCCUCCAUCAUCCGCAGCUUUGAACCGCUUCCCCCGCCGGUCAACGACGUCGCCAAUCUUCCUGUCUGAGCGCCGCUCUCCGUGGAUCUGAGUGCAGGAACAUGGCCACACACACAGCUUGCUUAGCAGAGCAGAGAGAGCUUUGACAGAAAUGGCAGAAGAAAGCAACAAGGGGAACAAGGAAACUGCAAAUAAGCACUUGUUAAUUCAUUAUUUUAAUACCAAAUUCUCAGUGUAAAAGAAUAUUUAGAUUACUUUCACACAUAGAGAAGCCAAGAACAGAUUUGUAACCAAAUUUUUCUCAAAAGUAAAUGUAUGAAUGAAUAUGAAUCAUUUGAAUA